AUGGAUUCCGCGGCUCAGGCAAGAUACGAUCUGAUCACUAACAACCUCGCUGAGGUUCUGGACCCUGAGAUCAUCCAGAAGGUCUUGGCCGAGGGUCGCAACCCCCGAAUUUACUGGGGUACCGCUACGACUGGACGCCCCCAUACCGGAUACUACAGCCCUGCCCUCAAGAUCGCCGAAUUGCUAGCUGCAGGAUGCGACGUUGUCAUCCUCCUCGCCGACAUCCACGCCUUCCUCGACAACCUUAAGGCACCUCUUGAACUCGUCGAAAACCGCGCGAAAUACUACUCGAAGGUUAUCACAGCGAUCCUGAAGUCUGUCGGUGUGCCUACCGAGAAACUCGAAUUUGUUCUAGGCAGCUCCUACCAGAAGAGCCCUGAAUAUGUCAUGGAUGUCUACAAGCUGUCUUCAGUUGUCUCUGAAGUACAGGCAAAGAAGGCUGGGGCUGAGGUCGUUAAGCAGACUGGCAAUGCGCCUCUGAGUGGACUGUUGUACCCAGUUCUCCAGGUCCUUGAUGAAGAGCACCUCAAGGUUGACGCCCAAUUAGGUGGUAUCGAUCAGCGCAAGCUGUUUGUUGCCGCCAAGGAGUGGCUUCCUAAGAUUGGAUACCGCGAGCGUGCCCACCUGCUCAACCCUAUGGUUGCAGGCCUCUCUGGCGGAAAGAUGAGCUCUAGUGAAGAAAAUAGUAAAAUCGAUCUUCUUGACAACGCCGACACCGUUACGAAGAAGAUUCGCAAGGCAGAGGCAUUCCCCAAGAUCGUUGAAGGCAAUGGUAUUGUUGCACUAGUCGAAUUCAUCCUGCUUCCAGCUGCCGCUCUGAGGGGCAACAAAGAGUUCCGGGUCGAGCGUAGAGACGCAGAGCCCUUGGUCUACACCGAUAUCAAGCAACUCCAGGACGAUUACACAAACGAUAUUUUGACCCCACAACUACUGAAGCCUGCUGUUGCCGCUGGCCUGGUCGAACUUAUGGCGCCUAUCCAGGCUGCCUACGAGACUGACACCGAGUGGCAGGAGAUUGCAUUGAAGGCUUACCCCCUCCCGUUGUGCACAAGAAGGUGA